CAUUUCCUCUUCCCCAGCCCAGCUGAGCUGCUGGCCGCUCGGCCCCGGGACCGCAAGGUUCCUCAGCGCUCGCACGGCCAGAAGGACUUCACCCCCGAUGGCUCGCAAGAGCAGGCGGAAAGGCUGCGCCGGUGCCGGGAGGAACAUUGGCAGCUCCUCGCGGAGGAGCGGGUGGAGCGGCUGGGAAGUUUGGUGAAAGCUGAGUGGAAGCCACAAGAGGGCUUUGUGGAGCUGAAAUCCCCUGCGGGGAAGUUCUGGCACACUAUGGGGUUCACAGAGCAUGGCAAACAGUGCCUGCUACCAGAGGAAGCCCUCUAUCUACUGGAAUGCGGCUCUAUUCAGCUCUUUUACAGAGAUCUGCCCUUGUCCAUACAAGAAGCCUAUGAGAUCCUGCUGUCCCAAGGGACAGUGAGCCUGCUGCAGUACCAGGUGUUCAGCCAUUUGAAGAGACUGGGCUACAUUGUGCUGAGAUUCUGCCCCAGUGUUGUUCCAUCUCAGUACGAGAGGAAGCUGAACCUGGAUAGUUACUGCAAGAGCACUGGAAAACGCCAUCACAAAAGGAAGAGGAGCUCCAGCCCCCGGUUACAAGACAAGAAACAGAAGGUUUCUGGGAAUCCUCUGGAAGCUCCAGGGACCCCAGAAAAGGCCAGCGAGAGCUGUGGGGAUCCUAAGAAACCAGCCUCUGGGGAGAGCUGUUUGUCAGAGAAGUCAAAGGAGUCAGAUCCUGCCAGCAGAGAGGGGCAGUCAUCCCAAGUGGCCACUGAUGCAGUACAACUCAGCAAGUCCCCCAGUCACUCACAAGCUAAAACUGGAGACCAGGCUGCUGGGAACAGCUGCAGUGGUACCCACCCAUCCCGCUGGGACUUCACCAGAAUUGCCUUCCCCAAUAUGGCUUCCGACUGCCCACAUACUUUCCUUUCGCAGCCUGACAAGACACUGCUCCCCGAGAACGUAGCUGGGCGGGAAGCCGAUGCUACCCGCUGGUGCAAGCUGGUCAACCAGAAGCGUGAGAAGUUGACACGGAAGGAGCAGGCGCAGCAGGAGAGGGAAAGUAGAUACAAGAGCAGCGUCAAUGCGGACAGGGAGGUGAGGCGCUGCUCCAAUUGGCAGGAGUACAAGGCGCUUCUGAAGCAAAGAAGCCAGCACAGGGCAGGGAGGCGACCGUCGCACCUGUGGGACCAGCCUGUCACCCCAUUGGUGAAGCCAGAUCAGGUGGCUUCAGCAGCUGCUGUCCUCAAGCAGAUCAGUGUGCUGCAGCCUUCCCACAUCCUGGAUGGAGCCUCCCGACUGCAGGAGGAUAUGGCGGGCAUGAAGAUAGACUUCAGUGUGUAUCAAGCAGAUGCAGUUGCCAACUUCAAGAAGAAUGACCCUGGGAAGCCGUAUGCCAGGAUGUGUGCGCGGAGGUUUGAUGAGCCGAUCCCAUCCCUGCGGGUAAUGAAGCGGCUUGCCUAUCAGAGCGAGGACGUCCCGGUUGUCUUUGCAUUGGUGGACAAUGGAGAAAUUGCUUUUUACUCCUUCAAAGAAUUCAAGCUGCCUGUUGAUACUUAUUAAUGAAGUUAACAUCCCUUGAAGAAAUGGCUUUGGGGCAGAGGGCGAGGGGCUUUAUUCAAGACUUGAUUUCUUACAUCAGAUUGAAUCUCUGAUAAUCUGUCUGCGUGCAAGAGGGAAACCACCUUAUCCACUGCUACAGGCCUCAGCCAGCUAGGAGCUGGUUCAUUUAUAAAUUCAAGAUACAUUUCAAGCAAGCAGGCAUGAUGUCUUAUGCAUUAUCUGGACACCUCCUGGCUGGAGCGUGCACCGCUUUGUUCUUUAAGCCAUUGGUUCUUCAGUUGUUAUCAUCCUGGGGGUCAUUUCCACAUGGACUUUUCUCUGUCCUUGUAGGCCUUUAGAACAAACUUCACGUGUUGCAUUCUGAACAACUGGGCUAGGCCAGUCUGAAUAUAACACAGGAAUGGUUUGAGAACCUCUGUUGUAGAUCAGUCAGACUCCUAAGCUAAUCAGGUCAGUAACAAUCGAGCAAGCCUCUAUUACUCAACUGCACCAACACCCAGCUAAUAAAAUACUUCACAAAAUAUUGGUGCAAUAGAAGUAAAGGUGCUGCAACAGAAUGCUGCUACAGGAAUGAUAAUGCCAGCAGGAGCUAAUAGUCCUGGACAAAUGUUCUCUGCCAGUGAUCCUCAAUCUCCUAGAGCUGCCCUGUGAGCCUGUGGAGUUGCAGAGAGCCAGGAGGCCACUGCAGAGGAACAUGCUAACAUUGUAUUAUGAUGUUUGUGCUGAGAGGUGUCAUCGUGGCAUGGCAUCAUCUUCAAUUAAAACUACAGCCCCCAGCCUCAAGACAUCUCAUCAUCACAAUAGCGUGGCUCCGUUGCCAGUUGACACCUUUUCUUUUAGAUGCAGGUAUAUACUUCUCUAUUGCAAGUGAGAGGAGCUUUGAUAAAACCUGCAAAUUCCCCAUAAGCCAGGCAGAGGAUCACUGUCCAUUACCAUUACAGUAUCAACCAAUUGCCUUCCAGCCUUUGUCAGUGUGGAAACCCUCCAACUGACCCUCCUGAUACAAAACUUGCUUUAACUUCUAUGCAAAAAAAGGCCAGUGAGACCAGUUUCAGAAAGACCCGGUCUGGGGCUAAAAUGACUCCUAACACUACUGGGCUCAGAGUGCGGUUUUCUCCAGGAGUGCUACAGCAAAUGUUUUAAAUGCAUUUUAUUUGAUACAGAACGUUUUGGAUGAAGGUGUUUUGAGUUGACGUCUAAAAGCAAUAAAAAAGCCUUUUCCAACAAUGCAAGCCCCU